GUCAAUUCAUUUCGGUUUUCACGUUUAAACCGCAACUCCGCGUUAAGUAGAUUACCAAGGUAGAAACUCGUUUGUGUUCCAAAGUCGUAAAUAUGCAGAGACUUUUAUUUGGACAGAAACGAACGUUGUUCGGUGAAGUUAAAAUACAAAUAAACGGUAAUUCAAUCCAUGGCACGAGAACGAAAACCACGGCGAAAAAACGGCACAAGUAUUCGGAUACUGUUUUACUUCCACGAACUCAAUUCCCAGCGCAGAUUAAUGGAAAGAAACGGAUAGAGAAAGACAAGUAUUUAACCACGAAAGCUGGCUUUUCCGAAUUGUAUGAAUGGCAAAGAACACAUCUGUCAGGACCAGAGUUUAUCUUACACGAUGGUCCUCCAUACGCGAAUGGAGUUCCACAUAUGGGACAUGCUAUUAAUAAGAUUCUUAAAGACAUUACGUUGAGGAGUAAUGUUGUUCAGGGAAAUCGAGUUCACUAUAUACCUGGCUGGGACUGUCAUGGGCUGCCAAUCGAAAUGAAAGCUAUUCAAGACGUCAACAUGAAUGAUCCUCUAAUGAUUAGACAACAAGCUCAAGAAUACGCGAAGAAGGCUAUUGCUCGACAGAAGCAAGCUUUUCAGUCGUGGGGUGUUAUGGCCAAUUGGAACGAAUCCGGAUGCUACUUUACAAAUGAAUCUUCGUACAUAAAAAACCAGCUUUGUCAGUUCAUAAAGUUAUACGAGAAGGGAAUUAUAUUUCAGAAUUUCAUGCCAGUCUACUGGUCACCUUCUUCUAGAACAGCAUUGGCAGAAUCUGAAUUGGAUUAUAAUGAGCAGCAUCAAAGUAAAAGCGCCAUCGUUCGUUUACGUAUUGACAAGUUUCCCGAAAAACUGAAUUCGUUAAAGAAUCGUAUAGCAUACGCACUUACAUGGACUACAACUCCUUGGACAUUAGUGGCAAAUCAGGCUGUCUGUUUUGCAAUGGAUGCCAUGUAUUGCCUUGCCGAAGAUAGCGAAGGAAACUUGAACAUUGUCGGGGAAGAACUAUUGCAAAAUGUCGAGGCGAAAAUUGGGCCUCUGAAGCCUAUAAUACGCGUGAAAGGUAAAGAAUUGGAAGGAACCACAUACUUUCAUCCUUUCACGGAAAAGAGAUUACCUUUUCUACCUGCACGACAUGUCACAAUGAACCUAGGAACCGGCCUGGUUCAUACUGCUCCCGCACAUGGUCGAGAAGACUUCUUGGUCGCGUUAGAAAAUAACAUGUCUGUUGUAUCCUUCGUAGACGUCGAAGGUAGAUACAUUGAAGCUGCUGGUCCAGAAUUUCAUGGUUUGAAAGUGUUGACCGAAGGAACAGAUAAAGUCUUGCACCAUAUGGCAAAAGAUGUCUUGCAUGUCGAAAUGUUUACACACAGUUAUCCAUACGAUUGGCGAACGAAACAGCCAGUACUUAUCCGCGCUAGCAAUCAGUGGUUCAUCAACAUAAAUUCUGUGAGGGAUAAUGUUAUUGACAGCAUUGCGGACAUAAAGAUAUAUCCUGAAUGUAAUCGUAAUUCUUUUACAAAUGCUUUACUCGCUGGGAUAAAAGAUCGACCAUACUGGUGUAUCUCGCGACAACGUUCUUGGGGCGUACCCAUACCUGUUCUUUUCAAUAAAGUAACAGGUAAAUCACUUACGAGCAGGGCAUUGAUCGAACGUUUGUGUCAUGCUAUCGACGAAUACGGUCCCGACUGUUGGUGGAAGUAUUCAAAGGAUGAGCUAAUAGGAUUGAAUGUGAUUCAAGAGAUGAAUGUUCCAAUAGAUGACGUGGAAAAAGGAAAGGAUAUUAUGGAUAUUUGGUUCGACAGUGGUAUAUCAUGGUCAGCUGUCUUACCGGAAGGUAAAGCAAAUCUUUGUUUAGAAGGAUACGACCAAUUCAAUGGUUGGUUUCAGUCGUCGUUGAUAACUUCCAUCGCUUUACAAAAUUGUCCACCGUAUCGUGGGUUAUUCGUGCACGGAUUCGCAGUCGACGAAAACGGCUUGAAGAUGUCGAAAUCAGUGGGAAAUGUGAUCGAUCCCGAAGAAAUUCUGUUAGGUGGAUCCAAUUUAGAAAAAAGUCCGGUAUAUGGAGUCGAUGUUCUAAGAUGGUGGGUGGCUAGUCACGGAACUCAGCAUAUGAAAAUACCUGUCUCGAAGGUAUUGCUCGACGGAUGCAAGCAGUCUAUCCACAAAUUGCGUUUGAUUCUACGUUUCCUUUUGGGUUGUUUAUAUCCUCAUCAUCAAGGCGUUCACUGUGAACCUCACUAUCGAAUCAUCGACAAGUAUAUGCUGUACGCAUUGUAUCAUUACAACGAGCAGAUGCUGGAACAUUACAACAAUUACGAGUACCAUCAUGCAAGUAAAACAAUUAUGAACUUUGUGGCAAACGAUGUGUCUGCUUUGUAUUGUUUCCUAAUAAAAGAUAGAGUUUACUGCGACGAAGCAACAUCGCCGUCGCGUAUCGCGGCUCUCAGUGUUCUAAGGGAAACGCUGACCGUUCUUUUGAGAACCAUAGCUCCGAUUGUUCCGCAUUUAGCGGAAGAAGUAUGGUCAUACCACCCUGAAAAUCACGCGUCGAUACCAUUCCAUCAUACCUCGUACAGGGUACCAGAAUCUUGGAACGAUCCAAAAAUCGUAGAGCGCUUGAACGCGGCGUUUUGCAUACGAAACAAACUUCUAAAUACUGUCAGUACGAAUACAUGGGAGUUAUCCGGCACCAUAGAAGCUACAACGGCAGAUUUUGUCUGGCUUUCGUUAUUGCACGAUGAGAAACAACGAUCGACGUCUGAAUUAUGCGAAAUUUUGCAACUAUCCUCGAUAAAAUUGAUCGAAAAUCCCGAUGUUACCGAAACGCAAAUUCAAGUAGAAAGUAAUCAAAAAGUGUUGUGCGAUCGAUGUAGGAGGUAUCCCGAAGUCGGGGAAGAUGGUUUGUGUUUGCGUUGUGCUGGAAUAGUUGCUAAAGACAAAUCGGCGUCUGCUGUUAUGUAG